CAGGCGUGUUGCAGUGUAGGCUAUACGAGUGGGCGAAAGACCGAGUGUGACGCGGGAGGGAUGCCACGGGUCUACGUUGGCAGGUUGAGCUACCAGGCUCGGGAGAGGGAUGUUGAGAGAUUUUUCAAAGGUUACGGGAAAAUACUUGAGGUGGACCUGAAGAAUGGUUAUGGCUUUGUGGAAUUUGAUGAUCCACGUGAUGCAGAUGACGCUGUGUAUGAACUCAAUGGCAAAGACCUGUGUGGGGAGAGAGUUGUUGUAGAACAUGCUAGAGGUCCUCGCCGAGAUGGGAGCUAUAUGUCUGGACGUAGCGGAGGUGGGUAUAGACGGAGUGGGAGAGAUAAAUAUGGACCGCCUACACGUACAGAAUAUAGACUCAUUGUAGAGAAUCUCUCUACACGUUGCAGUUGGCAAGAUCUUAAGGAUUAUAUGCGUCAAGCUGGUGAAGUUACUUAUGCUGACGCACAUAAAGGAAGAAAAAAUGAAGGUGUUAUAGAAUUUAAAUCAUAUUCUGACAUGAAAAGAGCUCUUGAGAAACUGGAUGGCACUGAAGUGAAUGGCCGAAAAAUUCGUUUAAUUGAGGACCGACCUGGGUCAAGGAGACGUCGGUCUUAUUCCAGAAGCAGGAGCCAUUCUAGAUCUUACUCCAGAAGCAGGCGUUCACGGAGGAGUCACAGUGCUAGCAGCAGUCGUAGUCGUUCAAAGAGCCGAUCACAUUCUAGAUCGGCCUCCCACUCAAGAAGCAGAAGUAAGAGCCAAACCAAGAACAAGAAAGAAGAAAAAAGUAAGAGCCAGAGUCGAAGUGCUAGCCCAGAAAAUGAAAAUGAGACUGAAGAAAUUGAGAAUGAUCAGCCCAAAGAGGAAGAAGACAUACAAAAAUGUGAAAGCAGGUCUAGCAGCAAAGAAAAGGAGGAGAGUAGAGAAGAUCCAGUCAGGGAAAAGAGUGAGGAACAUGUCAGGAGCCGUAGCCGGAGCAAAAGCAAAGACAAAAGGAAAAGUAGAAAGCGAAGCAGAGAGGAGAGCAGAAGUCAGAGUCGGAGUCAAAGCAGGAGCAGAAGUAGGAGUAGAAGUGUGAGUGAAAAAAGCAAAAAACAAAGCAAGAGGGAAAGCAAGAGUAGCCGUAAGAAAAAAAAGAAAGAUGAUAAAGAAUAUUCCAGGUCCAGAUCUAGUUCAGUAUGCAGAGAAGAGGAAAACAGCAGAAAGUCAUCACCUGAGCAGGAUGACUCCAAGAACAAAGUGGAAGAAAUGGAUACCAGUCAAAGGUCACGCCCUAGAUCGAGGUCAGGGUCUAAACCUGCUUCCCGAUCAAGAUCACGCUCCAAAUCUAAUUCCCAUGAUAGGUCGCCAUCAAAAUCAUGUUCCAGGUCACCAUCAAGAUCUGCGUCACGUUCCAGGUCAAGGUCUCGGUCCCGGUCUCGGUCUUAGUCCAUUUGACUCUGCUUGUAAGCCAUUCUUUGACAUUCUUUAUGGUGUAAUGUUUGAUAGCCAGCACAAAGGGAUUAUGUGUACUGCACAUGUGUUUGUGCACAAACAUUUUUUUAAGAAAUAUCAUUUCUUAUCAAAUGUUUUAUUGAUAUUUAAUAGAUUUGAAUAUGCAUUAAGCUUUUUAUUUUUAAAGAAAUAUCAUGUGUACACUAAACAUUAAAUACAAACCUGGGAAAGAUAAUUUUCCUAUAGGUGACAUUAAUAGUAUAAUUUUGUCCUUUUACAGUUUUAACAAUUGCAUUUUUAACCACACAUUUGUUGUCUAGAUUAAAAAUAGCUGUCUCUGUACAGUAGUUUGAUGUUGAUGAAGUCCUCCCUCCUGACCCCUCCGUGAAGAAAUAAAGUUUAUUUUUUGUUUUGUCCA